AUUUCAAGUUCACUAGAAUUUAUAGCAAAAGCAAAUAACGUUGCUAGACAGUUGCAUAAUUGAAGAAUGACUAUAGUUAAUCCAGACAUUAAAAACAAUCACUUACGUGAACUUGAUGAAGAUGUUCUAUAUCAUAUAGGCAUUUCAACAAAAUCAUUCGACUUCAAACAAAAAUUUGGUGAUGUUAAGUUCGUUUGUACCUGUGGCAGUCAAGGCAGAAUUAGUCACUUUGCAGAAUUAAUGGCUGAAGCAGCUGGGAUAAAAACACCUUGAAGAAUUUGGCGGGUUCAAAUGCAAGAUUUGUACUUUUUAAAGUGGAUCACACCUUGUUCAUCGAUCAUGGAAUGGGUGUACCGUCAACAUUAAUUGCGUUACAUGAAGUCACGAAACUGUUACAAUAUGCUGGAUGUAAAGAUGUACUGUUUAUACGUGUAGGAACGUCAGGUGGUGUAGGAGUGAAGCCUGGAACACUCGUAAUAUCUGACAGUUGUGUGAAUACUCAAUUUGAGCCAUUCCUUGGAUUGUGUAUACUUGGACGAAAUGUUCGCCGACCAGCUGUUGUUGACCAGAACGCUGCAAAAGAACUGAAGAAUAUAGCAGAUAGUUUGACGUUGAAAAGUGAUGUUUUCAUUGGUACCACAAUGACAGCAAAUGAUUUUUAUGAAGAACAGGCUAGAUUGGAUGGGGCAAUCUGUUCUUUUACUGCAAAAGAAAAAUUCACUUACCUCAAAUCAGCUUAUGACCAUGGAAUAAGGAAUAUAGAAAUGGAAGGAAUUGGAGUUACCGCUCACUGCAACCAUGUUGGUUAUCGAGCUGUUUUAGUAUGUGUUACACUUGUAAAUCGUUUGGAAAUCGAUCAAGUUACACUGUCUCCAGAAGAAUAUGAAUAUAUGCAAGAAUUACCAGGUUUAUUAGUUGGUGAAUAUUUAAAGAAAAAUGAUGGUAUUAUCAUUCGUACCUUACCAAACAAAACUGCUCCAAGUGUAACCAAACAGAAACCACGUGUUGAUCUAAUUUUCUUGAACAAAUCAUCUUGACUUAGAUUUUUCUUUUUUGUUUGCUUUCAAAUUGAAUUCUUAGUUUCAUAUUGUUUUUUUCUUCUAUCAGGGAUACAUUGAGUUUUUUCAUCCGAUUUUCUUUUCUGAUGUUUAUCGAUUUUUAUAUGAUGUUCUGAUUUUUACACAAGGAUUUUGUAUGAUUUUAGAAAAAAUCUUAGUUGUAACUACAGUGAUACUGAUGAGUUUCUAAUCACUUUUAUGUUUAUGUAUACAUUCCUUAGUUAAUAAAAAAUAAUAAGGCUUUAGUAUUUCAA